GAUUGUGCCCGUCGGAGGGACAUCGCCCGCAGAGCCCCUCUCCACCUUCUUCGUUUCGACCUUCUAGUCGGUCUGCAGCCUUCGUACGCAUCGCCCCUUACUUUUGGAGAUGUUCCUCAUCAACUCGAUCCCACAUGCGUGCUUGCGGUGCAUCAAGGGACACAGGACAAAGACGUGUCAACAUACGACGUCGAACGAAUUGAGGCAGUUGAAGCCUCGAGGUAGACCUCGUAGUCAGUGCGAGAUUUGCAGGCGGAGGAGAUUGGAAGGUGGAAGGCAUCAGAAAUGCGGAUGCGUGGAAAGGGGAGGGGCGAAGGAGGAAUCAGAAGGAGCGGGGGUGUCACACGUUGCGGAAAGUGUGGGUGAGGGAGCGGCAAGUGGCAAGAAGAGAAGGAAGAGAGGCAGGGCAGAGGAGGAGGCGAGCUUCAGUGAGCGACCUGGCAGCACAUCAAAGCAAGUGCAGGCGUCUUGCUGCUCCGCGUCAACCUCCACCGCCGGUCAAGCAUCGGCAUCGCGCACAGCCACUCUUCCAGUCUCCGCGCCAGCAGCGCCACGCACCAUCGCCUCGCUGCUCAACCCUUGCGCCUGUCUUACCGGUGGCAUCUGCAAAUGCUGCGCUCGAUCCAGAGGAACUACAACGACGAGUGCGGACUCUCGAUGUAGUCCACGGCAACCGGAGCGGACAUCCUUCUCGGCCACAUUUGGCAACGUCGAUGCGCCGACCGCAUCCUGCUGUGCCUCGAAGAGCGACAAGAGGCCCGUGUCGAACGAAGAAGUGGCUGAUGGUGACUGCGACGGCAAUUGCGCUUGUCUCACUAGUGGAUGUGGGCAGCAUGGACUCGCAAAUACGCAGAAGGAAGAUCUCGCCACGCAAUGGUCGCCAGCGAGCGAAGGGAACACCCAAAAAACCACACCUUCACCGUCAGUCGAACACCAACCUCACCAACACCAGUUUGGUCGAGCGCGAUCCUAUGACGCAAAGGGCGAGGUAGCACCUUCCUUUGCGCCUGGAGAGAACGCUGCUACGAGCUAUCGGACUGCAUCACCAGCUGAGCCAGCAAUGUCCACGUGGUCAGCAGUGGCAGCACCAGGAGCAGAAGAUCAUUGUCUGGCUGCGGGAGGGCUGACCGCUUGUUCGUGCGGACCGCGAUGUCAGUGCGUGGGAUGCUUGAAAUCUCACACAGAAUCUGCCAAGGCGUCUCGUUCCGAAGCUCGGCCCGAAGGCUCGAGUGUCCAUACGCACUCGCAUUUCUCCUCGCUCUCGCCGGACUCUAACACAUCAACAUCCAGCUCUAGCAAGUCUGUGCGCACACCGACCGAGCGCUCGUCCGAUGCCGCUCUCGGCGGUGCGCCUUCUUCCAGCGCCGCUCAGCAGGACGACGCGAAAGCAGCGCAAAAGCAAGAAGAUUGCAAGAGGUGCGAAACGUGUCAUGGAUGCAUACAUGGACUUUUGGCACCUAGAACAGGAAUAGAGGUCGUCGAUCUCUGGAUGAGCGCUGCUUCUGCAAGCAAACGAGGCUUGGCUGGAUGACCCUCAUCGCACGUGUCCUUUUCUCGUCUGGCUCUCCAAACGAUCUCAAGCAGCAUGUACUCCUACUCUACCCGGGCUGUGGCCUGAUCUCGUCGAUCGUUCGGGAUCGGUAGCACUCAUCGCUUGUUGUCAAUUCUAUUCACGCUCGCAAUCCAAGUCGAUGCAAUCCAUCGAACACCCAUCACUCGUGUCGCACAGCCCACAGCGAAGGCUCUGCUC